UUGGAGCCGGGUGUAACACAGCAAACCUCCCAGUUACCGUGCUUACCACGAAGCAACCAGAGAAAUGCGACGCUCUCAAGACAGACGUCGGCGUCUCUUUCGUCUGCUGUUUGUCUUCGCGUUUGUAAGGGUCCCCAUCGAAGGCAGAGAGUUACCCCCUACCACCUGUCACUACGAGGAAGACCGCGUCCAGAAGCCAUGCGAAAUCUUCCACAAAACAGGGUGCCCAGUGGAAUCCGCCCAAAAUUUCCUUAUCGAAGGGUGGGAAAACAUUGACAACGAGACGUCGUACCAUAACAUUACAGUUCGUCUGUCGCACACAGAAGGAUAUUUCAGAGAAAAAGAAAUUGACGAGUGUUGGAAAUUCAAAGUCAGCAAUAGGCCGUAUCCAGAAGAAUCCAUAAGCAUGGACGUGGACUUCCUUAAUGGCACAUUAAAAAGUAACAUACUACUCUUCACAGGUGAGAGGGAGUGCGAUUAUCUGUACAACAGCAAUUACACUAUUCAACAGUACGUUCGUGAUCGUGAAAGAAUAGCGUUUACACUCCAGAAUACUUCCGGAAUUCGAAAAGUGGACUUAACUCUCAUGGGUGGGGAGUGCGAAGUGAAUUGUAACGGAAGCAUCAACAACUGCAAUGUUUCCACAGAAGAUCGGUCGAUGGAAAACUUCUCAGAGCCGCAGUUCUUCACCAAUCUGACAGCUCGCUACUACUGUAUUCGCGUUCAACAUGGAAAAAACUGUGUCAUCCACACAACUACAAUUAAAAAGGAAGACCCACCACAACUACCGACACCCAACCCCCAAGAGCAGUCAAUCCACUCAGUUCUUCUUUGUUCCAUUUUUCCGGUGGCAGCGAUCAUUUUGAUGGUUAUAUUUUUGAAGAAGAGGUGUAGUUAUGGUACCACAAAACGACAGCUGGUAGAAACAGAAGAGACGGACCCGCCUACCCAAUGGAAAUACAUUUAUCAGCAGUGGUUGAGUAGCCCUUCCUCUCACACUGUGCUCCUCCUGUACUCCAGAGACUCUGCUCAGUUCUGCAAAGUCGUUGAGGCUCUCCGCCAUCUCCUACGGUCUUUCGGAAACAUAAAGGUACUGGACCCGAUGGAGCAGAGCCAGGUAGAGGAAGUGUCUCAGAACAUCUCGGGCUGGGUGACACAGCAUCUCUACAAUCCAGAGGUCAAAGUCGUGAUUGUACUGUCAGAAGGGGCCGUGGUAAUGCAGAACGCCCUCAUUAAUAAGCAGAUCAUUCAGUUGAGGGAUCCUCACUUCUUGGACCCCGUCUUCACACACGCACUGCGUCAAAUGCACGAAAACACGCAACUGGGAAGCGACUACAGAAGGAUAUUUCCUGUCAGAUUUGAAGACUUUACGCAGAGUGAAGUGUCGCUACCGCUGAUCGUCUCGCUCAAGUGCUACGUCCUCCUGAAGCACCUGGGCAGGCUCAUCGUGGAGCUAAGAAAUUUCGACACACAGUCGCAACCGGAUCUUGAAGACAUCCGAAGCAGUUGCCCACAAGAAAUAAGCCAGUUGGAAUCCGCCAUUACGAACAUGAAAUCAUACUGUGCCAAUAAUCCAUACUACGUUGAGAAUAAUUUCUCAUUAGUUGUGCCAUAUACUUAAAUGAAACAUCAGCUGUCUUAUCCCGGCUCUCUGAGUUCACAAAUGCGGAACGAUUUCUCAAGACUGUCAUAACUUUCGUCGUGUUUAAAAACAACAGCGACACAAAGUUUGGAGCAGUGGUAUUCAACCUGGGGUACGCGAAGACAUCUUAAGCCUUGUAUCGACUGCGCGCGGCUGCCUCGCGCACCUGUUCGUGCGCGGCAAACUCGUUCGUUCGCUCAUUGUGCUCGUGGUUACCAGCAUCGAGCGCGGCAACCGUGUUCGGCUGUGAUCGACGCUGUUCGUCAGUUCU